AUGGCACCGACCGAGACAAAGAUCCUCAGCGACUACUUGCUAGUCCCCGCACAGCUGCCUGCUAUCAUCUCCUUGCAAGAGUUCAUUGACCUUUUCCCGCGCUCUCUUCAAUCUUCGCCUCAGGUCAGAAACUUGUAUCGCGAUCUACAAACCCAGAGAAAUGCUGUCGUCGACUCAGUUGCAGCCGAGAUCGAGGCGGAGGCCAAGCGCGGCAGGGCAAUGCGCCAGGUCAUGAUCAAGGCCAAAAGGGAGGAGGACUCGCAAGAGAAUGAUGACGAAGCUGAAAUUGAACAGAUUCUGUUUGGUUCGACUUCUGAUUCGCAACCCCCCAAGCAUAGCAUUGGUUCCAUUCUUCCUGAUCUUGAAGGCGCCGUGUCGGAGCUUGAGAGUGAGCUUCAGCUUCUUGGAGAGGAAGAGGCAGCACUUUUAGCGUCCAUUCAGCAAACCGUGGGCAGCAUGAGCGAUCUACGUUAUGGCCGCUUUGCUAAUGGCCAACUCCGUGAUCAAGUGCUCGAAGGGCUGGAGAGCUUGCGCGAGACCUGCAAAUCCAAAAAAUAA